AUGGAGAGCAAUGCUGGACUCCAGGAGCUAAGGCGAGAUCCCGCAGACGACGCGCACUACCCAUCACUCGUUAUGCAUCCCACGGUGAUGAGCGAUGCUGGGCCGUGGGUCAUGUUCGAAUCGAUCACAUACCUCGGAAAUCGGCCGUGGCCCGCCAGCGACACGCGAUCGUUCAAACAUAUCAUUGUCGAAUACAUGCUCAGAGCUAUGGAUGCGCCCAAGGAAGAGCAGAUCCGAGUCGCUCUCAAGCUACCAGCCCGUGCAGAUGGCAAGGCAGUACUUCUCUGUAAAACGACAGGCGAGGAAAUUUACUCCUUGCCCAUUCGACAAAUAAGCCAGUUCACCACGGGCCUCCGAGAGCACCCUGGAUGCUUCGCCUUCAUUUACUAUCCGGUGUUAUCCGACAAAAACCAGCGGAAAAUAUUCUGUUUCAACGCGGUUUCUGCGGACGUCGUUCAAGAAGUUCAGAAGAGAGUCUUCCAGGCCAUGCAUUCGAUACAAAUUUCGAAUGAAGCUCACUUUAUAAAUACGACCGAAGGCGCACAGCAGAUAGUCAACGUUCAGAUGACGCUCGACAUCCGUGAAGAGGAUUCUCGGGGACAGUUCGUUCCUUGCGCGAGAACUACCGAAGUUUUCAAACUGAGACGGAACGUCGAGAAGCAAAUCGUACUUACUAUAGAUCCAACGACGCAGCCUAGUCCAGUGAUAAUCGAAAGAUGUUUCGGUGUUCUGGUGUCUCCGGGGCGGCACGUCCGCCACAGCGACAUGCAGCUAAUUGGCACCGGCAACAACGACACGAAUCAGCCCUCGAGUCCAUCGAGCGGAUUCCAUGUCGACGCUUGCUGGGAUCCCAAAGACAAUCCCUCCUUCGAACUGCUGAAUACAAUCACGUCGGGGGAGUCACGGGUCUACUUGACGGUGGCUUGCGAUCUCGUCCUCAUGCGCGUCAAGGAACCGGUUCGCUUCGUAUUCGAAACCCAGGCUCGAAUCGGACCAUCACAGGAGAAGAAUAGGGCUCUUUGGACUUUGUCCAACGCUCUGGGUACCGCCUCCUCGAAACCCUUCUCGGAAACGUUCACACUGAUUUUGAAACAGUCCCACGACUGCUUCGAAUUGGUUGAAAUGACGACGUCAACGGGCAAAGUCCUCCAUCCCAUCGAACAAACGCUAGAAAGCGGAGAAUCCGACGAGGACGAGCCACUGCUGUCCGGGACCGGACUCGUUUGCAAGGAAAGCGGCCAAGAGAAGCUCGAUGAAUGGUCGAAUUUAAUCUCGGUCUGGGAAGGCAAUCCCAAACCGAAAGAAGUAGACAUCCUCAUUCAGAACCACGGAGUGCCACAGGUGCUCCGAGGUCAGGUCUGGCAACUGUUGACCACGUCGACAUCGAACAAUGAAAAUUAUCAGCUGUAUCAAAUGCUGGUGAAGAAAGAAAACGUGCCGUCAGUUGACCAGGCCAUUGAAAGAGACAUUCACCGAACGUUCCCGGGUCAUGAGUUUUUUAAAGAAGCCCAAGGACAGGAAAAACUGUACAGACUGUGUAAAGCCUACUCUCUGCACGACACGGCAGUAUCAUAUUGCCAGGGCCUUUCGUAUCUAGCAGCAGCCCUCCUCUUGCACAUGCCGGAAGAACAAGCGUUUUUUAUCCUGAACGUCAUCAUGAGUCACGAAAAAUAUAAUACUCGGCAGCUCUACCUUGACAACUUUGAAACACUUCAUGUGAAGUUAUAUCAGCUGAUGAAGCUGUACACAGAGAAAAUUCCCGAGAUCGGAAGUCACUUCCGGGAUCUCGGCAUCGAAGCGCAUAUGUUCGCUUCGCAAUGGUUCCUAACACUGUACACUGCGAAAUUCCCACUGUAUCUGGUCUUCUUGGUUUUGGAUAAUUUUAUGCUGACGGGACCGGAUUUUCUCUUCAAAUUCGCGGUAGCUAUCCUCAUGGAGAGUAAACGGGACCUUCUUACCCUUGAUUUUGAGGGCGUUCUCAAACACUUUAGGGUAUCGAUCCCGCGAAAAUACCGCAGUGAGGAGGCUGCGCUCAAACUCAUUCGCGCCGCUAACCAUGUCAAGAUCACUUCGGCGAAACUCAAGAAAUGGGAGAAAGAUUUCCUCCAAGAGAAAGAAGCAAACAUCGAUCCGAACGAGAAGCUACAGAAAGACUAUCGUCUACUGCUCAAUUCUCAGCAGAGACUCGAUCAAGAAAACGACGAUCUCGCUCAAGAGCUCAUCGUAACUCGCUUCGAACUGACACGCCAGCUCGACGAAGCGAACGAUAAGAUCGAGAGUUUGCGGAAAGAAGUAGGACAACUCCAGCAAUACAACACGGACGUGUCGCAAGAAAACGAGGCUCUUCGGUCCCAACUGGAGCAAUUGAAAGAAAUGUGCCGACGGGAAGCCGAGAACGCCGAGGUGGUUCGAUGCGAGAACAAUGCUACGAUCCGGCAACAGACCGACACCAUCUCCGAGUACAAAAAAAUCUGUGGACGACUUCAGGAAGUGAAUCAGGCUAUCCAAGCCGAUUGCAAUCGGAAUAAACGCAAACAAAUGGGCGAGGAUACUCAGGAGGAGGAAACCGAGUUGCAGCAGCAAUUGAGAGAGCUGGAGCUAGAGUUGGCUCAGACGAAACUGGCCCUGGUCGAGAGCGAAUGCCUGUGUCAAGAUCUGAAUCAUCAGCUCACAAGAAUCGUGCAAGAUAAAGAAAAGUCGAAAGAGAGCACCCCGUGGUUGAGCAAAACCAUACAGGGAAUCAUAAAGAAACAGAACUCACAAAACUCAGCAGACUCAUAGUGCUCGCAUGGCACCGCAAGCGGUCUAUGAGAACAAAAAUGAACUCCGGUGAGAGCAAUGACGUUCUUCCGAUCGGUGAGAGCGGAAUGCCCGAACUAGCCAUAAAGUGAAUAUAUCUAGAGAUUUUCAUAUGAAUCUGCUCAUAUUUAUUAAGGCUUUAUCGAUCUAUUGGUUGACUGGAAGAAAUGACUUAUCGAACUACUGGUUUGUUGCUGACCAUUGGAGGCGUGUGAUGGUCCUUGUCUGGAGAUGCGUGAAAGACAUGCUUAGCGUCAGCCUCAUUUAUAGUGCACAUGUUGAAUAAACAAGAUGUUCCAUGUACCCCGUUUUCAUUGAUGCCACCGGAGGAGACGUUCCUCGGGUUCUCGAUCGGGAAAGGAUCACUAGGAUCUGGGAGCUGAUGCAUGCACAGCUCAUUUCCGGGGAGAUCCAAAAUGGGCACAAUCAACUGAAGCAACUCACAUUCAUUAGAAUGUCAUUUGGGAUAUUUUCCCCUAUAGAAGGGCUGUCUUGCCUACAAGCAGGUCCCGGAAUUGGUCCCAGAUCGAGCUUCAAAGAUUUCACAAUCAGACAAUAGGAGGCGGAGGGGGAAAUAUUUCUCGUACAAUGACUAAGCGUACCGACAAUUUCAUAUCAGGCAGAUCACAUUUAGUUCAUCUUCCGUUCAUUAAGGUGAAAUCGCCUCGAAAAGAUCGACGAUCCCGCCUGGCAAGACAGGCCGAGGAAAGAGGUGAGAUCAUGACCUGCAGUCGACGAAGAGCCCGGACUUUCCACAUUACUACCAAUUGUACAGUUUCUUGAGAAUCU